GCCGUUUUACACUUUCAACCCGGCGAAGUAUAAACCAAUCUCCUCCGUCGUCCUCACAUUUUCUCAGCGUCGAUAGCGGUGGCCAUGAGUGCAUGCAAAACCCUAGUCCGUACAUCACUGUCCUGUCUACAAUGCAAAGCUCGAGUCUUCGCUUUUCCAUUAAAGUUCCCUUCGUUCUCCCCUCAUCUCUGCCGGCUUCUUUCUCCUUCUCGAAGGUCCUUUAUCCUAUACCGAAAUCCAGGGUCUAGAAUUGAACCUCAUAGUGCGAUUGUAAGGCGUUAUGGCUGCAGUGAGGCUGCAAUUUCACUAGAAACCGAUAAUAACACUGAAGAAAGUUCGGCUCAGAAGACUAACCUUCAAGUUCAGGAAGACUUGUGUAGGGACACUGUGGAAGAAUUGCUUACCAAACGGAAUGAUGUUUCGAGGUUUAUGAAAAUGGAGCGGAGGCAGGAAGUGGAAGGUGAUGUUCAACUGGACCGUUGGUUUCCAUACUUGGAUAAAUUUAAAGUGGGAAGUAUGUGUCUGAGCAGUAGUGAGGUACUGGAAGCUAUGGAUCCCUACGUAAUGGAGGCGAGGAAGGAAAGGUUUCGGAAAGCAGUGAAGAACAGGACUUAUUCUGUUUGUUUGGUAGUUGAGGGAUUGAGUGAUUUUGGCAAUGUCUCUGCUGCAUUUCGCUCGGCAGAUGCACUGGGGUUUCAGUCUGUCCAUGUCGUUUCCUGCAACAGCUCAAAAAGGUACAGGGACAAUCGUCAUGUCAGUAUGGGGGCAGAGAAAUGGUUGGAUAUUGAACUCUGGGAUUCUCCCUAUGAAUGCUUCAAAGUUUUGAAGUCACGUGGUUAUCGCAUUGCUACAACACAUGUGGGAAUGGAUGCAGUCUCAGUAUAUGAUAUGGACUGGUCAUGCCCUACUGCAGUUGUUGUUGGAAAUGAGAAUAGGGGAAUAAGCGAUGAGGCUCUUGAAUUGUCAGAUAUGCACUGCAGUAUUCCAAUGAAAGGCAUGGUAGACUCCUUCAAUGUUUCAGUAGCUGCAGGAAUUCUUAUGCACCAUGCUGUGUGUGACAGAACUUCCCGCAUGGGAUGCCAUGGGGACCUAACACUGGAAGAGAGCCAAAUUUUGCUAGCAGAAUUCUCGUUACGCCACAGCAAUACUGCAAUAAGCAUUGUCAAUGAAUAUGCAAAACGAAAGAUAGACAAUCUGAUGCCAAAGCUCUGAAUGAAGUGCUGUACUACACAGACCAUUAUUGCUGAAAACCAUGAGGGUACUAUGCUCCAACUCUGCAUUUCUGUAUUCUUUCCUAGGUUGUACUUUAUACCUUUUUGUAGGUUGUGUUCCAAGGCAUUAAUAUUUUUGAAAAGAUGCUGCUUAUGUAUCAUGUACGGAGUAAUAAUCUUUUAAAGAUUGAUAUGUAUUUUAGGCAGUCUAGUCUCAGACAAUACGUUUUGUUUUUGCAUAUCUUCUGUUGGUUUUAAAGUGGUUCUUGUGAAUUGCC